AUGCUGAUGUCACAGGACAAUAACGAGUGGACUCAACGUCGAGCCAGUGGAUCAUCGUACAAGAUGUCCAGAGUUUCCAUUCGAAAGAAGAGUGUAGGCGAUGCUAAAUAUGAAUGCAGCAGGUGCGGGAAAACAUACAAAGCCACGACAUCCUUGAGCCGACACAAACGACUUGAAUGCGGUGUCGUACCUUACGGUGUCCUGAUGAACAAAUUUGAACUGAAUGCUAACCACCUGAAUACAUCCCGACAUUUCGUAAAUUGUGGCCAAAUAGAGCCGCUACCAAAGCAAUAUUUUUGCGGUGAAUGCGGCAAAGUAUAUAAAUGGAUGGACAAUCUGCGCCGACAUCAAAGACUGGAGUGCGGCAAGCUACCUAAGUGGCAUUGUGAAAUUUGCCUGAAAAUGUUUUAUCGUCGAUAUGAAUUAACCAAGCAUAUGAAAUUGAAACAUCACAAAAUGUAA